ACACUGCACAAAAGCUCCUACCCCUUAAUUCCCUGCUUGUUACUUUCAAGAUUUAGCAACUCAUUUUUCUCUACUUAAUUAUCCCUCUUUACUGUUUUCCUUUGCUUAUAAGAAAACACAAAAUCGCAAGAAAUAACUGAUCAGACGAAUUCAAAAAGAAGGUAAAGAUGGAAGAAGAUUGGGGUGAUAUUUUUAAUGGCCUUCAAGAAAUUGACAGUGAACAAGAAAUUCAAGAAACUGAAACAGAUGUUGGAGAAGAUACUGAAUAUUUCGUCGAGCAAAUGCUUAAAAAAGAAACAAAAAUUACCAUUGCUGGACUCAACAACACAGUUUCUUCAAGAAUUAUCCGCCAUGCCUGGCUUCUAGAAGCUCGCCAUAUUGCAAUCGACAACAUUGUUAGAACGGGAGGAAAAUUUGCGUUCAGAAAAAUCACAGCAUACACAGCAGUGAUUUAUGUUGACAGGUUUUUUUCAAUAAUGCAAGUAGAAAGUGAAAGAAUCUGGAUAGCAAAGUUACUGUCAACGGCAUGUUUACAUUUGGCUGCUGAUAAAUGGGAGGAUUUUGAAGUAUACUUACCAGAAUAUGCGGAAUUUACCAAUUUUGAUACGAGAACCAUAAUCAAUAUGAAGGACUUUGUUGUUAAAGAAUUUGGAGGGACAAAGACUUGUGUUACUCCUAUACGUUUUAUCAAAUAUUUCAUAUCAAAAUUCUGCAAAGAUGAUUCAAGAAUAGAGUACGCCAAAAUCAAAACUGUGGAAGUCAUCAUGAGUACACUUGGAGGUAAUUACUACUAA